AUGAUUCAUCCCCUCUUUUAAAUUCCUGUUGAUUAUCAAACAGCUUAUUAAUUUGAGAAUGAUAUCAUGCCUAAAAAUUAAAUGAUAGAAUAUGCUAUGAAUUAGAAUCUCAAUGAUUUUCCAAUUUAUCCACAAUUCUAAUACCCUCAAUAAGUAAUUAAUUACGAUAUUGUUGUUGAUCAGAAAUCAUAAAACAAAACCAAGAAAUCAAAAAAACAAAAGUAUUGUUCUAAUAUUAUAAAAGAGAUGAUUAAAAAGAAUUGCUUCCUAAAACUAAAGCUUAAUAAGAAGAACCUCAAAAGGAGGAUUUGUAUUUUAUAUCCUUUAGCACUUUAGUAUGAAACCAGUAGUCUAACCAUAAUAUUCUCUUGUACAUUUUACAUAGGGUACCUUAUUACCUAAAUUACAAUCUGAUAUUGUAACUAAUAGUUCUCCUGUGGGUACAAAAUAGACUUUAAAAUCCAAUAAACAUCAUUAAACAAAAAAGCCUAAAAAAGAGAACAUCAAUACAGGUCAUUGGUCAGCAAUUGAACAUACAACAUAUGUUAAUUUCUUAUCAUAAUAUGAAAACAUAAUGAAUUCUUCAAUGAUGAAAAAAACAUCAAAAAUAUUUAAAUAAAUGAGUGAAUUAAUUGGAACACGCACUCCAAGUUAAUGUAGAAGUCAUCAUUAAAAAUUUAAUCCAUAUGCUCAUAGAGGAGAAAAUGGAAAAAGAUUACCAAGAAAUGAGAGAAGUAGAGCAGGACGCAAAAAGAAAAGUUAAUUUUUAGAGAUUACUAAAGAUGGUAAUAAUAAUAUUAUAUUAAAUUAGAAUAAUUAGUUGAGUAAGAUCCAUAUUAUAUGAUGUUUGAUAAAUAGUUUUAUUAUCAUCCAUAUGUUGCUAAUGGAAUUGAAUAUUAAUAAUUUCCUAAUGAUAUGAAUCUUAAAAGAGAGGAUAUUCAUGAAUAUAUUAAUCAAGUUUAACAAUAGGACUAUGAAGAUUAUCUAAAAAUUAGACCAGAUUAUAAUAAUUAGUUAGAUUAUUGA